AUGUCACGACUUCCAACCCCAGCCAUGUCGGGCGGCUUUAUUAUCAAAGACAAGCCCGACGGGGAUGCCUUCACAUUACCUCCCGCUGCAUUGAGCGCUGGCAGUCGCAGAUCUUCUCGAUCAGAUCCUUCCUAUGUCCCGCCAUCGCCCACCUCCCCAGAACUCUCGGAUCGUACGAGUAGAACCGGACGAGCAUCUAUCAAACGCCCACUUGAGGAUUUCGAUUUGCCUCCGCCACCAACCAGAACCCGCAAGAUCAUCCAGAUGAAACCAAAGUCGCCUUCAAAAUCCCUCAAGAGGAAGGAAAAUGACAAGAGUGCACAAGAUACAGAGGAUUCAAUGCCCAACCCCACAUCAACCUCGAAGCGAAAACAACCCAGUGCAACUAGUGCUGCAGGACGCAAGAUCGCCCGCAAGACCGCACACAGUUUAAUUGAGCGUCGACGACGAUCCAAGAUGAACGAGGAAUUUGGAACAUUAAAGGACAUGAUUCCAGCCUGCACUGGGCAGGAAAUGCAUAAGCUGGCCAUUCUCCAGGCAAGCAUUGACUAUGUCAAUUACCUAGAGAAAUGUAUCCGCGACAUGAAGGCUGGAGGAGCAACCCACAAUACUAUUGCUCCUGCCGCGCCACCCUCACCAACAUCCCCCGAGUUCAUCGCAGAAACAGGCAUCGAGCCCAUGCGGAGGGAUAGUUCUGCUACUUAUUCGUCAUACGCCACCUCUGCAUCGCCGGAGUUGCAAGCUGCUCCAGAAUUUUCUGAUACAUCCCCGUCUUUCUCCCCGCGCACUCAAGUUUCCUCAGCCCAGAUUCCACAGGACGCUUCAUCUAUUCUUCCUAGCCCGGCGCUGGGACCGAUAUGGGCCUCGAGUGAAAAGAUGCAUGAGUUUCAAGGUGUCGAUCACGAGGCUUCGGCUGCCCUGCUUAUGUUGACUCAGGACCGGAGAGGGACUGCUGAUUCGAUCAGUGAGAAUUUCUCUGGGGGUACGGCAUUGUCAGUGUCUGUGGAAGAGACCCCAGCUGUACCCCAGACUCAAAGGAGAAAGGGUAUGAGUGUCCGUGAUCUUCUGAUUUCAUAA